AGCAAGAAAAUUUAAAAAUUAAAAAACGAGUCUGUCAAUCCACGAAAGAACCAUGUAUUUGAUUGUUGAUGAGCUACCUUGUAAAUAUAUUCACCUCAGAUCUCUUCUCUCUUCUGGAAAAGACCAGAGACCCAUGUCUGCAAUUCCACUUUUUUCUCCAACCUCACCCCUGAAAACCAGGGGAGAGCUUGUUCUUGCCUGUUGUCUUUAAUCUCUCUCUCUCUCUCUCUCUCUCUCAUUUAACUGCUACAGGACAAUUCAGUUCUUCUGAAUCUUGUUCUUUUCACUUAUCUCUUUCUGCUACUUGGUCUCAGAUUAUGGGCCAAAUAAAGAGAACUCCUCAAUUAUCAUUGAUGGUUCUCUUCUUCUUCUUCUUCUUCUUCUUCUUCUUUUAGUGGUUAUCUCAUGGACCACUGAAGUGAAGGGUACCCAUCAAUGGUAAUUGUUGAUUCCGUACUUUAUUGUCCUGAAACAAUUGAUAGAUGCUGAAUUAAGUGUUUGGUAGUAGUUUUUAGGUCUGAAGCUGGUGCCUCAAUACUAAAUUUAGAUGCCAAGUGAAAUCAUGUGAUCUGAUGUCUCCUCAUUUGCUUAUUUGUCUAGCCAAUUUGGAACUUAAAGUUUGGUUUUUGAAUUCGAGAUAAAGGUGAAGGAGAAAAGUCUUUGAUUGUCCAAUUCACGUGUGAAUAUUUAAAAGCAAAUUUUUGGUUUUUGACGUAAUGACUGAGAUUGAUUGCAGAAUGCAAAGUUAGAAGGCCUUUUUCUGUGUGUCGUCCUUCAUUUAUUUGCAAAUUUCCCUUCUUUUCAUCAGUUGAUUUGUGCUUCGCAUCCAGAUUGACCUUUGAUUCUGCAAAUCCUAGCAAAGUUUUAGGUUCAUUGUGCAACCAUGGAUUAUCAGUGUCUCAUUCGCUUGAUUGGCUCCGUUUUUUUGGUUUUUCUCCUUCUAGUUGAACUCUGUAUGGCUGGUAUACAAAGUAUUGGAGAAAUUUAUCCGGGGUUUCAAGGGUCUCAGAUGAACUGGAUUGAUAAAAGCGGGUUGUUUCUUUUGUCUAAUAAUUCAAAUUUUGCUUUUGGCUUCCGACCCACUCAAGACACCACUUUAUAUUUACUAGUUAUCAUGCACAUGGAAAGCUUACAUGUUAUCUGGUCUGCAAACAGAGGCUCUCCAGUUGCAAAUUCUGAUAAUUUCUUCUUUGGUGAGGACGGUAAAGUAUCUCUAAACAAAGGAGAAACUCCAGUCUGGACACCUGAUAUUGGAGGUAAAAGGGUUUCUGCGAUAAAAUUGCAGGAUUCAGGAAAUCUGGUUUUGCUUGGGAAUGAUAGUAAUAUAAUUUGGCAGAGCUUUAGCCAUCCCACGGACACCCUAAUAUCAAACCAGGAGUUUCAGGAAGGAAUGGAACUUGUCAGUGAUCCUAGCUCUAAUAACUUGACCUAUGUCCUUGAGAUCAAGUCUGGGGACAUGAUUCUUUCUGCUGGGUUUCGAACUCUACAGCCUUAUUGGUCAAUUCAAAAGGAAAAUGGUAUUCAGAAAACCAUUAAUAAAGGUAGUGGUGCAGUCACUAUGGCAUCCCUUAAUGCAAAUUCAUGGAGGUUCUAUGACAAAAACAAAGUGUUGUUGUGGCAGUACAAGUUUGCAGACGAGAAAGCUGCAAAUGCUACCUGGAUUGCAGUUGUUGGAAAUGAUGGCUUUGUUUCUUUCUACAAUCUUGAUGAUGGAGGUAGUGCUUCAUCGACAAAAAUACCAAGUGAUAGUUGCAGCAGGCCAGAACCUUGUGAUGCAUAUUAUGUUUGUUCUGAUAACAAUGUAUGCCAAUGCCCUUCAACUCUUAACAACCUUCAAAAUUGCAAAACAGGAAUUGUCUCUUCAUGUGAUACUUCAAAGGGUUCAACAGUGCUUAUGAGUGCUGGAAAUGGGCUCAACUAUUUUGCGCUUGGGUAUGUUCCACCCUCUUUAAAAACCAGUUUGGAAGGUUGCGAGUCCUCUUGUCGCAAUAACUGCUCAUGCCUGGCUUUAUUCUUCCAGAACAGUACCGGUAGUUGCUUCCUAUUUGAUCAAGUAGGAAGUUUCAAAUCUGACAUGGGUUCUAGUUUUGUCACCUACAUUAAAGUCUUGAGUAACAAUGCUAAUAAUGGCUCCGACAAUGGCUCCAAUAAGGGUUCUCCUACUGUUGUGAUAAUAAUAGUUGCUGCAACUUUACUUGUCAUUUUUAGCCUACUUUAUGUGGCAUUUCGAUACUACAAGAGUAAGAAAAGGUUGCUAGAAUCUCCUCAAGAGACCUCUGAAGAAGAUAAUUUCUUAGAGGGUUUAUCUGGGAUGCCAAUUCGUUAUAGUUAUAGAGAUCUUCAAACUGCAACUAAUAACUUCGCGGUGAAGCUUGGACACGGAGGAUUUGGUUCAGUCUAUCAAGGAGUUCUUCCUGAUGGAACACAACUGGCUGUGAAGAAAUUGGAAGGUAUUGGUCAGGGGAAGAAAGAAUUCCGAGCUGAAGUUAGUAUCAUUGGUAGUAUUCAUCACCACCACCUGGUUAGGCUUAAAGGCUUCUGUGCUGAAGGAACUCACCGUCUGCUUGCUUAUGAGUUCAUGGCAAAUGGGUCUCUGGAUAAAUGGAUCUUCAAGAGAAACAAGGAAGAUUUCCAAUUGGAUUGGGAAACAAGAUUCAGUAUUGCAUUGGGAACAGCAAAAGGACUAGCUUACCUCCAUGAAGAUUGUGAUGUAAAGAUUAUUCAUUGUGACAUAAAACCUGAAAACGUGCUUCUUGAUGAUCAUUUCCUUGCUAAAGUAUCAGAUUUUGGGUUGGCAAAGUUAAUGAAUAGAGAGCAAAGCCAUGUUUUCACAACCAUGAGAGGCACCAGGGGAUACCUUGCACCAGAAUGGAUCACAAAUUAUGCCAUAUCAGAGAAAAGUGAUGUUUAUAGCUAUGGGAUGUUGUUGCUUGAGAUUAUUGGUGGAAGGAAAAACUUUAACCCAACCGAAUCUUCUGAGAAAUCCCAUUUCCCAUCUUAUGCUUUUAAGAUGAUGGAAGAAGGGAAACUGAGAGAAAUCCUUGAUUCAGAGCUGAAAUUCGAUGAAAACGACAAGAGGGUAUCGACUGCUAUUAAAGUUGCAUUGUGGUGUAUACAAGAAGAUAUGGGUCUGAGGCCAUCAAUGCCCAAAGUUGUCCAAAUGCUUGAAGGUCUCUGUCCUGUUCCUCAUCCACCAACUUCUUCACCAUUGGGUUUUCGCCUCUAUUCGAGUUUCCUUAAAUCAACAAGCGAGGAGGGCACUUCCUCAGGAUUUUCAGAGCACAACAGUGACGCCUACCUUUCUUCUGUGCAGCUUUCUGGUCCAAGAUAGCAUUCACUCACAAUUUGGGGGAUACUUAUUUAGAUUUAGAGUCGAGCUAUUCAUGUAUAAAUUUCCCACAAUAGUCCUGUAUAUUAGCUAGUACACUCAGCAGUUUUGCAAUAAUAGCUGUUAGUAAAGCUGGUCACUUGUUUCUGCACCCAUUCAUUAUUGCUCUGUAAAUAACAGGCGUGAUUAUUACAAAAGUGAUAUAAAAUGAACAUACUUAAAUCUUAAAA